AUGCAGCAAAACCACAGGUACAUAAAAGCAGAAAACCACACACAACUAUCAAAAUUCCUCCUCCUGAGCUUCUCAGAGGAUCUUGAACUCCAGCCUCUUCUCUCUGGAUUGUUCCUGUCCAUGUAUCUGGUCACUGCACUUAGGAACCUGCUCAUCGUCCUGGCCAUCAUCUCAGACUCCCACCUCCACACCCCCAUGUACUUCUUCCUCUCCAACCUGUCCUUUGCUGACAUCUGUUUCAGCUCCACCAUGGUCCCAAAGAUGCUGGCGAACAUCCAGGUACACAGCAGAGGUAUAUCCUACAUAGAGUGCAUCACAAACAUGUAUUUUAUGAUGAUGUUUUCUGGACUGGAUAAUUUCCUUCUGACCAUUCUGGCCUAUGACUGGUACAUGGCCAUCUGCCAUGCCCUGCACUACAUGGUCAUAAUGAACCCCCACCUCUGUGUCCUGUUUGUUCUGGUGUCUUGGUUCAUCAUUUCCUGGGUCGCCCUUGUUCACAUUGUUCUGAUGAUUAGGCUGACCUUCUCUACAGGCACUGAGAUUGCACAUUUCAUCUGUGACCUGGCUCAACUUCUCAAAGUGGCCCUUUCUGAUACCCUCAUCAAUUACAUCUUUAUGUAUGUAGCAACUGCACUGGUGGGUGUGUUUCCCGUCACAGGGAUCCUCUUCUCUUACUCUAGGUUUAUCUUCUCCUUAAUGCGAAUGUCCUUCACUGCAGACAAGAAUAAAGCAUUUUCCACCAGUGGGUCUCCCCUCUCCGUGGUUUCCUUGCUUUGCAGAACUGGACUUGGGGUCUACCUAACUUCUGCUGUGACCCAUUCUUCCCAGAGGAGCUCAAUUACCUCUGUGAUGUACACUGUGGUCACCCCCAUGCUGAACCCCUUCAUCUACAGCCUGAGGAAUAAGGAUGUGAAGGGGUCCCUGGGAAGACUCUUCAGCAGAGCAGCCUCUUGUCUGUGA